AUGAUGACAAUAGCAGAACAUGCGGUCACGCGUCGUAAGUUUGUGUGCCUUAACUUGGGCGCCUGCUUCAUCUGCCGGUUGUUUUCCGAGCGCAUAGCGAGACUCCUACCCUACGUCGACCUCCUAUUGGGCACCGGCGAUGAGGCCCUGGCUUUCGCUAAGGCCCACGACAAAAAGGACUGUUCCUUGGCUGCGGUGGCCAAAUUCUUCGCCGGCUACGGCUGGGUGGGUCGGCCGCGACAUCGC